UGGUGUUUCCCUGCUUGAAAUUCAAGUUGAAUUUUGAAAUAUCGAUUUAGGAGGUAUGGCAAUGCCUAAGGUUAGUCAAUGGCAUAUGUUGGUGGAGGCUCUUUUCAUUGCUGUUCUGAUCUCCACCAGCUUGAUCAAGGGUGCAGCAGGCAAGCCCCCUCACAUUGUUUUCAUUGUGGCUGAUGACUAUGGAUGGUUUGACAUCGGAUAUCACAAUUCUACAAUCAAGACACCUAUCUUGGACCAACUGGCCAGCCAAGGGGUCAAGCUGGAAAACUACUAUGUUCAGCCCAUCUGUUCACCGAGCAGGAGCCAGCUGAUGACUGGUAGAUACCAGAUCCAUACAGGUCUUCAACAUUUUGUCAUCAUCGCUCCUCAACCCAACUGCCUCCCCCUCAAUGAGACAACACUACCCCAGAAGCUCAAGGAGAGCGGCUAUGCCACGCACCUGGUGGGAAAGUGGCAUCUGGGCUUCUACAAGAAUGAAUGCAUGCCUCUCCAACGUGGCUUUGAUUCCUCAUUCGGUUACCUAAGUGGCAUGCAAGACUACUGGACCCACUUCCGCCACGGGUCGUUUCCAAAUUUCAAAAACGGAAAUCAUUGGCUUGGUAUUGACUUUCGGGACAACGACCGUGUCGCAUGGGAGUACACAGGAAACUACUCACAGUUUGUUUUCACUGAAAGAGCUCAAAGGGUGAUACAGCAGCAUAAUCCCAAUCAGCCUCUUUUCCUGUACCUACCUCUUCAGUCUGUUCAUGGACCCCUGCAGGUCCCUGAUAAAUACAGGAAACCUUACGCUCACUUCCAUAAUGAAAAUAGGGAGAUUUAUGCAGGAAUGGUAGCCACAAUGGAUGAAGCUGUUGGGAAGAUUGUAGACUCCUUGAAAGCGGCUGGACUCUGGGAAGAUACUGUUCUAGUGUUCACAACAGACAAUGGUGGAACCCCUCAUGCUGCUGGUAACAACUGGCCCCUGAGGGGGACCAAAAACACCCUAUGGGAGGGCGGGGUCCAUGGUAACGGGUUCAUUACUGGACCGGUGAUACCAGCUAAGAUGCAAGGCACUGUCAGCAAACACUUCAUGCACAUCAGUGACUGGUUCCCGACACUUAUAGAGGGCGUGGCAGGGGGGAGCACUGCCGGUCUGGCUCUUGACAGCUAUAACAUGUGGGACUCUAUCACAAAAGGAACACCUUCCCCGAGGAAAGAACUUCUCCACAACAUUGACCCCCUGAUCCAGGCAGACCAUCCCCUGGGCUACGGCAUUGAUGAAGAGACCGACAUGAUCUAUCCACUGUCCGGCGUCUACCCCAAGGUGGCAGCAAACUUCUCCACGUAUAUAAGAGCGGCCAUCAGAGUUGGAGAUUGGAAGCUUCUGACAGGACGACCCGGUAGAGAUGGAAGGAAUGGCUGGUAUCCACCUCCGGAAUGGAACAUGACCUCUAUUACACCUCUCACACCUAGUAAGAAAUUAACUUGGCUCUUCAACAUUGCGGAGGACCCCUGUGAGAAGAACGACCUAUCAGAUAAUCACCCUGAGAUCGUUGCAGACCUUGUUAGCAAGCUGGAGGCCUAUUACAAGACAUCAGUACCUGUCAGAUUCCCAAAUGAGACCGUCAAAGCCAAUCCUGCCACGCACUUUGGAGUAUGGGGGCCAUGGGAAUGAAUCAACCCUGACACUGAAUUAUGUAAUGUACACUACUAAUAAACCAGUACUCGAUUUAUUUUAUUAGCCAUGGCAUUUAGCUGGAGUCUGUCCAUUCGAUCCUUCAAUUUCUGCUUGGUGCAAAGAGCUGAGGAGAAGGGGAGGCCCAUUGAAAGUGUAUCAAAGGCUUCCCCACCUACUAUUUGCAUGCUGUUUAGUGUAGUGAGCUUUUAAAAGGGUAAUACUAACAUCAUGUUGAGCAGGGUUCGCUGGGAGAACAGUAACCGGAAGGAGGCGCGAUAGCUCAGUCGGUAGAGCGGGGGAUUCGUAUUCCGGUGACCCGGGUUCGAUUCCCACUUGGUGCGCUAGUGCCCUU